AUGAGCUCCGAUGACACCAUAGCUGCGAUCUCCUCCUUCAUCGAAGGUGCCCCGCCCGGAGAGGUACCAACCCAACCAGAGAUGCCCCCACCUCUUGCUAACGUCGAGGGACAGCUUGCAGAUGUAAUCAAUGAUAUCGAGGCUCUGACCCCGAGCGACCCUGCAAUCCUCGAAAAGGCUCGGCCUGCCUUCCAGAAAUACAACGAAGAUCAAUUGACCAGCGUCAAGCUACCUUCAAGCAGUCAGAACGUCAUCAUCAGUCAGCACAAUCAUUUAGACAAUGGCCGAUAUUUCGAUAUUGAAAAGCGGUCCUCUUGGGCCUUCGAUCACGUAACGCAGAAAGUGACUGACGUCCAAUCCUACUCUUCUGAGUCCCAACAUCUUAACCUAAUAUCCUCCCUCUAUAAUUCCUUCACCACCCACGCCUCCGAAUACUACCCCACCUCCACUGCCACUGUCCUUCCCGUCGACUCCGACACUUCUAUAAUCCUCCUUCUUGCUGCAAAUAAAUACUCUCCACAAAACUUCUGGAAUGGUCGGUUGCGCUGCGUCUACACUUACUCCCCAUCCAACGCAACCCUCACAGGUACGAUACAGGUCGACGUGCACUACUAUGAAGAUGGAAAUGUACGAUUGACAACAACGAAGAAGGUGCCAGAGCUACGAAUUGGUGGUUCCGCCAGAGCAGCUGGCGACGUAGUCAGGGAGAUUGCAAAGGUGGAGAGAGAGUAUCAUGAGGAUCUGAACCGGGGGUUUGCGGACUUAAACGAGGGGGGUUUCAAGAGAUUGAGGAGGCAGCUGCCAGUCACAAGGCAGAAGGUGGAGUGGGAGAAGGUGGGAAGCUAUAGGGCUGGAAGGGAGAUUGGUGGGAAUAGGCGGUAG